AUGACGUUUCAGGUGUUCGUUCGAGGUCUCGAUGGCGCUACUACACUGCUUCGCACCGAUAGAGCCGUGAUUUCCGGUGCUGACCUUAAGACCGCGUUGCGAAGUCGGCGCGCUCUUCCGCCGCUUCUAAGCGACAGAAGUGACGGCAGCUGCGAUGCAUGCGAUGGGUGCGACGGAUGCGACUCGUUCCGCGUCGUCACCGGCACGCGGGAGAUCUCGGACACGUCGCUCCUCUCUGUUGACGCGGCAGGAUUCUUCCCUUCGUGCCACGUCAUCGCGAGGGUUCUCGGAGGAAAGGGUGGCUUCGGGUCGCUGCUGCGCGGCGCCGCCACCAAAGCCGGGCAGAAGAAAACGAGCAAUUUCGACGCGUGUCGCGAUAUGAGUGGUCGGCGGCUCCGGCACGUCAACGCCGAGCGUAAACUGAAGGAUUGGCGGCACGAGGCGCGAGAACGACAACUGGAAAAGACGGCGCAGGAUUAUUUGAAGAGACUCGCGAAGGAGAAGAAGAAGCGGCGCGAGGAGGUGGUCGAUCUGGGCGCGGUGCGCAAGGCCAGCCACGCCGCCAUGGCGAGAGUCGCUGAUGCGGUGAAGAGCGGUAUGGAGCGGCACGGUCUGGAUAAGGGGAAGCGGAAGCUGAGCGCGGAGGAGGAGGGGGAGGAGGAGGCGGAGCGGGCGCACCAUGCGAAGCGAGGGAAACUUCUAGGCAUGCUGGAGGAUAUUGAGGAGGGGGAGGGCGACGAGGAGGAGGAUGAGGAGGAAGGGGAAGAGGAAGAGGACGAAGAGGAGGAGGACGAAGAGGAGGAAUACGAGGAGCAUGAGGAGGGAGAGCAGGGCACAGAAAAGGGAGGGGAGGAGGAGAGUGGAGGUGGUUCAAAGGAGGGGAGCGAGGCGAGUGGGGGUGCAGGGAGUGCGGGCAGUGCGGGCAAGGCAGUGGCACCGCUGCACUCGUCCUCGUCUGACGAGGAGCGUGAUGAAGCUUGCCAUGCAAGUCGCUCACCUGCCGCCCACUUCUCGGCACUCCACCAUCACGAGCCGCAGGCACAGCCGCAGCAGGUGCAGCCGCAGCAAAAAGUGCAAGAGCAGCAGCAGCAGCAGCAGCAGCAGCAGCAGCAGCAGCAGCAGCAGCAGGAGUCCCAACAACACCAGCAGCACCAGCAACAGCAGCCGCCGCCGCCGCCACCACCGCAGACACAGCAGUCAGCAGCAGCGGAGGGUCCCAUCGACCCCUCACUGUUCCACUCAGCCGCUGACCUGGAGUCGCUGGGGUUGGAGCGGCUGAAGCAGGAGCUGCAGCAGAGGGGCCUCAAGUGUGGUGGCACCCUGAGCGAGAGGGCAGCGCGGCUCUUCCUACUCGCCAGCACGCCUGUGGACCAGCUAGACCCCAAACACCUUGCUGGGGCUGCUGGAGGUGGUAAAGGCCGCAAGGGCAAGGGCAAGCUGUGA